CUGUCUGUUUCAUGCUGCAAUGGAACCAGACCAAUAAACUGGACAUGAUCCACAAGAAUCGUUUUGCAGCCCCACCAUCGCAUGAGUGCCUGCGAUGAUGACGAGGAGGAGGACGAGGCUCUCCUGGAGCCGCCACGAGCACUUCAGGGCUCCCUGGCUUCUCGUAGCGAACUGCUGCGCGGCGUGGUGGUCCGUUUGUACUACUCUCAGAUUACUGCGGGACUCUACCUUGCCACCAUGGUGUUGGCAGCACUGCUGCUUUGCAUCACCUUGGGCCUUGACACCCCGCUGCGGGAAGCCCCGCGUGCGCUGGUGUUCUUGGAGGGCUUCGUCACUGCAUCUCUAGUGGUGGAAGUGGCCCUGCGUGCCAUCGUGCAAGGUGAAAAUUACCUGAAAUCCUGGUGGAACGCCAUUGACUGCAGUGUGGCAUUUGUGAGCAGCGGUUUGUUCUUCUUUGCGGCUCCAAGGGCCAGCGACGAGGCGCAGAAGGAAGACGUGGAACUCAGCCAGUCGCUGGUGAUGGCGCGGGUGAUUUUCCAGUUUGCACGGGUGCUUCUGAUCGCGUCUCACGCGCGGCGUGCCGGGAAGAUGCAAGAAGAGGUGUCCUUCGCCAACGUCACGGAAAUGCUGGAAUUUACCGACAUUCAGGAUUUUGACUUUACUCUCCUGAAGCAGGAGGUGCAAGACCGACAUCGCAAAGACGACUUCGGCUUGUGAGCAACGACGCCAAAACGCGCUCGAGGAUCGACGCCAGUGAUGCGGAUGAAGCUGUCGUGGAAAAUGGAAGAUGGCGGCAGUGGAUCAACCUAUGACAAAUGCAG